UAUUUAUCAGCAAUAUACAAUUAUAAAGGCCCAAAAUUAAAAAAAAAAAAAAAAGAGAGAGAAAGCGCAAAAUCCCUCCUCCCAAAAUCGCUCCAUCAUAUAAACCUGGGGGGGGCAGGAGGGGGGGUCCCUUCCGAUCCUCCCUCCUGACGCCCCCCCAGCAGGCCCCCUCCCCCACCAUUGAAAGCCAUGAAUUUUGAAUUUGAGAGGGAGAUUGGGUUUAUAAACAGCCAGCCAUCGCUCGCCGAGUGUCUGACUUCCUUCCCCGCUGUCUUGGAGACAUUUCAAACUUCAUCAAUCAAGGAGUCGACAUUAAUUCCUCCUCCUCCUCCUUUCGAGCAAACCUUCCCCAGUCUCCAGCCCGGCGCCUCCACCCUUCAGAGACCCGGGAGCCAAAAGCGAGCCGAAGAUGGGCCCGCUCUGCCGCCGCCGCCGCCGCCGCUCCCCGCCGCCCCUCUGGCCCCCGAGUUCCCUUGGAUGAAAGAGAAGAAAUUCGCCAAGAAACCCAGCCAAUCCGCCACGUCUCCUCCGGCCGCCUCUUCCGUCCCGGCCUCCGGGGUCGGAUCGCCAGCAGAUGGCCCGGCAGUGCCGGAGGCUGCCGGCGGCGGGGCGCGCAGGCUGCGCACGGCUUACACCAACACGCAGCUGCUGGAGCUGGAGAAGGAAUUCCACUUUAACAAGUACCUGUGCCGGCCGCGCCGCGUCGAGAUCGCGGCCUUGCUGGACCUCACCGAGAGGCAGGUCAAAGUCUGGUUCCAGAACCGGCGCAUGAAGCACAAGCGGCAGACGCAGCACCGAGAGCCGCCCGACGGGGAGCCAGCCUGCCCAGGAGCCCUGGAGGACAGCGGCGAGCCGGCCGACGAGCCCGUGGCCAGCCCCGGCUGCCACUCCGCCUCGCGGGCGGCGCGGGACGCCUGCUCUCACCCGCCCGAGGUCGCGCCGCGUCCCCCGGGCCCCCUGCCUUUGGCCUCUCGCGUGGAGGACGCGGCUGCGCCGAGCCCCGGCUGCGCCCUGCGCCGGGCCGGCGGGCUGGAGCCCGAGCCGCUGCCGAAAGACGCCUGCCCGGAGCGGCAGGACUCGCCUUUCCUGCCCGACCUCGACUUCUUCGCGGCCGAUUCCUGUCUCCAGCUGUCCGGAGGCUUCUCCCCCAGCCUACAAGGCUCGCUCAACAGCCCGGUUCCCUUUUCCGAGGAAGAGCUGGACUUCUUCACCAGCACCCUCUGUGCCAUCGACCUGCAGUUCCCCUGACCCGCUUCGUGCUCCCGGCCCUUUCCACCCCCGGUCCCCUGGGCUGUCUGCUGGAAAACCCGAGGCCCCCCCCCCCCAAGUCUUUUAGACUUUGUUUUUUGCUACAAUUCAGGUAUUAUUGAAUUAGUGUUUAACCCACUUCAUUUCUUCUCUCUAAAAUAUUGGUCACUCGGGCGUCUUUUAAAAAUCAAAACGGAAAAAUUCCGUUUGGUAGACUCCUUCCAACGAAAUCUCAGGAAUAAACUUUAGGGGGGACUUUCUUAAAAAAGAAUUAGAGGAACCUAUUUUCCUCCUUUUUUUGUUUGUUUUAGACGGUAGAUUAUUUAUUAAAAUUCUUUAAUAAUA